ACUGGCCCCCAGGGUCCUGUCUUCAGCCCUGCCUCUUAACUUUUUCUGGGAUCAAACUACGUGGGUUUUUCAUCUCUCAUCCAGUCCUACAACCACGUCGGAACGUUUUUACCACCGUCACUCUUUUGGAAACUGGUUGCCUGGUUCCCUGGGGGCACAUGAUGUCUCUGCCGUUUUAUCAGAAAUUGCAUGAGCAUUAUGAUCGCAGCUACCGUAACAAGGACCUUCGCACCACCAUGAGCCAGUACCAUGAGCAGGAGAAGAAAAGUUCUGCCAUCUACACACACGGCUCAACGGCCUACAGCAGCCGCUCAUUGGCCGCGCACCGCCAGGAAUCCCAGGCCUUUAGCCAGGCGUCAUCGUCAUCAGCCUCCUACCUGCAGCAGGCGUCCCAGGCCACCACCGAGUCCUCCCUGGCAUCUGCAGUCAGUCGGAAGGCGGCCUCAGCCUACGAUUAUGGCUACUCCCAUGGCCAAGUGCAUGUCAGUGGAAUAACAGACACAGAAGAAGAAAGAAUUAAAGAAGCUGCUGCUUAUAUAGCCCAGAGGAAUCUUCUUGCUAGUGAAGAAGGAAUCACAACAUCCAAGCAGUCCACAGUAUCGAAACAGUCUUUGUCCACUCUCCACCAGGAGGAAGUUUUUGAGAAGAAGUCAAGAAAAGUUGCAAUUCGAGAAAAGGCAGAACAUCUGUCACUAAGAAAAACAUUAGAAGAAACUGAGGCAUUUCAUAGAAAAAUGAAUGAAGAUCAUCUUCUCCAUGCUCCUGAGUUUGUCAUCAAACCUCGUUCCCACACUGUUUGGGAGAAGGAAAAUGUAAAAUUACACUGUUCUGUAUCUGGCUGGCCAGCACCUCGUGUCACAUGGUAUAAAAACCAGGUGCCAAUAAAUGUCCAUGCAAACCCUGGAAAGUACAUUAUCGAAAGUCGAUAUGGAAUGCACACGCUGGAAAUUAACAAGUGUGAUUUUGAAGACACCGCUCAGUACCGGGCCUCGGCGAUGAAUGCUAAAGGAGAGCUUUCAGCAUAUGCCUCGGUUGUGGUAAAGAGAUAUAAGGGAGAGUUUGAUGAGACUCGCUUCCAUGCUGGGGCUUCCACCCUGCCCCUCAGCUUUGCCGUGACCCCUUAUGGUUAUGCAUCCAAGUUUGAUAUCCACUUUGAUGACAAGUUUGAUGUGUCUUUUGGGAGAGAGGGCGAGACGUUGAGUCUAGGCUGCCGUGUAGUUAUCACUCCUGAAAUUAAGCAUUUCCAGCCAGAGAUCCAGUGGUACAGAAAUGGAAUACCUGUUUCUUCAUCAAAAUGGGUGCAACCCCAUUGGAGUGGAGAUCGGGCAACACUGACAUUUUCUCAUCUCAAUAAAGAAGAUGAAGGCCUCUACACAAUCCGUGUACGAAUGGGAGAAUAUUACGAACAAUAUAGUGCUUACGUCUUUGUUCGAGAUGGUGAUGCAGAGAUUGAAGGAGCCCCAGCCUCUCCCUUGGAUGUGGUGUGCGUGGAUGCCAACAAAGAUUAUAUCAUCGUCACCUGGAAACAGCCAGCUGUGGAUGGAGGGAGUCCUAUUCUGGGAUAUUUUAUUGAUAAAUGUGAGGUGGGCACAGAUAGCUGGUCUCAGUGCAAUGACACACCUGUGAAGUUUGCUCGUUUCCCAGUCACUGGAUUGUUAGAAGGUCGUUCUUAUAUAUUCCGAGUACGGGCUGUGAAUAAAACUGGAAUAGGUCUACCAUCUCGUGUUUCUGAGCCUGCAGCUGCUCUGGAUCCAGCUGAAAAAGCAAGACUUAGAAGUCACCCUUCAGCACCCUGGACUGGACAGAUCAUUGUCACUGAAGAGGAACCUAGAGAGGGUAUUGUUCCUGGACCUCCCACAGACCUCUCUGUCACCGAGGCCACCCAGAGUUACGUGGUGCUGAGCUGGAAACCCCCUGGCCAGCGUGGCCAUGAGGGCAUCCUGUACUUUGUGGAAAAGUGUGACAUGGAAACAGAAAACUGGCAGCGGGUGAACACAGAGCUUCCCGUGAAGUCUCCCCGUUUCGCUCUGUUCGACUUGACUGAGGGGAAAUCCUACCGAUUCCGUGUCCGCUGUUCUAAUUCAGCAGGAGUUGGUGAGCCCUCAGAGGCAACGGAAGUGACUGUGGUUGGGGACAAACUUGAUAUCCCCAAGGCUCCAGGCAACAUCAUCCCAAGCAGAAAUACAGACACAUCAGUGGUAGUUUCAUGGGAGGAAUCCAAAGAUGCUAAGGAGCUGGUUGGCUACUACAUAGAGUCUAGUGUUGUUGGCUCUGGCAAGUGGGAGCCCUGCAACAACAACCCGGUGAAGGGCCCACGAUUUACGUGCCAUGGAUUGGCGACUGGUCAAAGUUAUAUUUUCCGGGUCAGAGCAGUUAAUGCAGCUGGACUUAGUGAAUAUUCACAGGAUUCAGAAGCAAUUGAAGUAAAAGCUGCUAUUGGGGGAGGAGUGUCUCCAGAUGUGUGGCCUGAACUGAAUGAUGCACCUGGUGGACUAACAGAUUCCAGGGGAGGCAUGCAUGAAACCUCCCAGCCAGCCUUUAAGAAAGAUGCUUUACUUGAUAGCAAACUUAGCAAACCUUCACUACCCAGUAGCUCUCACAACCUGGGCCAAAAAGAAGUGAGUAAAGUAAGUGAAACAGUUCAGGAGGAGCUUACCCCACCACCACAGAAAGCAGCUCUUAAGGGGGAAAGUAAGUCUGAUGAUCCAAAAAAGAAGAAGAAUAUAGCGGCACCAUCUCCACCCUCUGAUAUCACUUGUCUUGAAAGUUUUCGUGACUCAAUGGUUCUUGGAUGGAAGCAGCCAGAUAAGAGUGGAGGGGCUGAAAUUACUGGCUAUUAUGUGAACUAUCGUGAGGUAAUUGAUGGGGUACCAGGAAAAUGGAGAGAAGCCAACAUCAAAGCUGUCAGUGAGGAGGCAUAUAAGAUCAGCAACUUGAAGGAAAACACGGUGUAUCAGUUCCAAGUGGCAGCCAUGAACAUCGCUGGGUUGGGAAUGCCCUCGGCAGUAAGCGAAUGCUUCAAAUGUGAAGAGUGGACCAUUGCUGUUCCAGUGACACAAAAUGCCCAUUGUAUUUAUACCUGUUUCUUCCAGGUGCAAGGCCUCCAGGAGGGUGUCAGCUAUGUGUUCCGCGUCCGAGCCAUAAACCAGGCAGGUGUUGGCAAGCCGUCCGACCUUGCUGGGCCUGUUGUGGCAGAAACUCGACCAGGAACCAAAGAGCUUGUUGUAAGUGUGAAUGAUGAUGGAAUCAUUUCCUUGAACUUUGAGUGUGAUCAGAUGGCUCCAAAUUCUGAGUUCACCUGGUCCAAAGAUUAUGUAGCCACUGAGGACUCUGCACGUUUGGAAGUUGAAAGCAAAGGAAACAAGACAAAAAUUACCUUCAAAGAACUCGGGAUGGAAGACUUGGGCAUUUACUCCUGUGAUGUAACAGAAACUGAUGGAAUAGCAGCAAGCUACUUGAUAGAUGAGGAAGAGUUGAAACGUUUACUUGCUCUCAGCCAAGAGCACAAGUUCCCAACUGUCGCAGUUAAAUCAGAUUUGGCAGUUGAAAUUUUGGAGAAAGGUCAGGUCCGGUUUUGGAUGCAGGCUGAGAAGCUGUCUGGCAAUGCCAAAGUCAACUACGUAUUUAAUGAAAAGGAGAUUUUUGAAGGGCCGAAAUAUAAGAUGCAUAUUGACCGAAACACUGGUAUAAUUGAAAUGUUCAUGGACAAGCUCCUGGAUGAGGAUGAGGGAACAUAUACUUUCCAGCUUCAGGAUGGAAGAGCAACUGGCCAUUCUACUCUUGUUCUCAUUGGAGAUGUUUAUAAAAAUCUCCAGAAAGAAGCUGAAUUCCAGAGGCAAGAAUGGAUCAGGAAACAAGGUCCACAUUUUGCUGAGUAUUUGAGCUGGGAAGUGACUGGUGAAUGUAAUGUACUAUUGAAGUGUAAGGUGGCAAAUAUUAAGAAGGAGACCCAUAUUUUGUGGUAUAAAGAUGAAAGGGAGAUAUCGGUGGAUGAAAAGCAUGACUUUAAGGACGGUAUAUGUACCCUGCUUAUAACAGAGUUUUCCAAGAAAGAUGCUGGGAUUUAUGAAGUUAUUCUGAAAGACGACAGAGGAAAAGAUAAGAGCAGAUUGAAGCUUGUGGAUGAAGCCUUUCAAGAACUGAUGACUGAAGUAUGUAAAAAAAUAGCUUUGUCUGCUUCAGACCUGAAAAUUCAGAGCACGGCUGAGGGCAUCCGGCUGUACUCUCUUGUUACCUACUACCUGGAUGACCUGAAAGUUAACUGGUCCCACAAUGGGACUGCUAUUAAGUACACAGACAGAGUUAAGAGCGGAGUCACCGGGGAGCAGCAGAUCUGGCUGCAAAUCAGUGAGCCCACUCCGAAUGACCAAGGGAAAUAUGUAAUGGAGCUUUUUGAUGGCAAAACAGGACACCAGAAGACAGUGGAUCUUUCUGGACAAGAUUAUGAGGAAGCCUUUGCCGAAUUCCAAAGAUUAAAACAAGCUGCCAUUGCCGAGAAAAAUCGCGCCCGGGUGGUGGGUGGUCUCCCCGAUGUGGUCACCAUCCAGGAGGGCAAGACACUUAAUCUCACUUGCACCGUGUGGGGCGACCCAACUCCGGAGAUCUCCUGGCUGAAGAACGAGAAGUCCCUGGACUCGGAUGACCACUGCAACCUCAGGUUCGAAGCCGGCAAGACGGCCUUCUUUACUGUCACCGGGGUGACCACUGCCGACUCCGGCAAGUACGGGCUGGUUGUGAAGAACAAGUAUGGCUCGGAGACAAUCGAUUUCACCAUCAGUGUGUUUAUCAUUAGGAAAGGGUUUUAA